CUGCGAGCCUUUCACGUUAAUAUAAGAAUUUGUUCAGGAAAAUAGUCAGAAAUAAGUGAAAAAUGAAAAGACGCACACUCUUCGACUUCACACAAAAAAAGCAAAACACUUCGUUCAGUUUUGACAUCUCAAUUUUGACACAUAACCAAAUUUUGGUGGACUCUCGGCCGGUUGGAUUAUUUUUCCUGAUUUGUGCAUUUCCUUAUUUUCCUCAAUUUCCAUAAGUUGUGACGCAAUGGAGAUAAGUUUAGAUGGAAGUAAAUACAGUGAUGAGGUUGAAGAAGGCAAAAAUAAGAGGAAAAUUGAAUGCACUUUCUGCAAUUCGUCAAUUUUGAGACCACAAAACGCACAAUUUGCCAAUCAACAGUUUUCAUUACCACUGAUGAGGCAGAAGAACGUGUCCUCAGCUGCGGAAGCUGAGACGGAAGAGAUCAAGGAGUUCUGGAUGGUAGAUGAUAUGUUUACAUUUGAAAACAUUGGCGUCUCGCAUACUGUGAACAACACCAAAUUUCUGGUCUGCGCCGACUGCGAAAUGGGGCCUGUUGGCUAUCACGACAUUCCCAGCCGAAAAUCCUACGUUGCUCUGUCCCGCGUGAAACACGUCUGAGAGGUGACUCAUACUCAUUCAUGUUGAAAGACUCGGAAGCCUUUCCGAGCGUGUAAGCAAAGUCUCCAAAAGUGGUAAUAAAAUAUGAAUAUUUAAAAU